AGGUUAAUUUCACAAAGCAACAACACAUACCCAAUUACACAAGAAAGCCCUUCUUCUCCUUCUCUCUCUCUAGCCAGCUAGGGUUUCCACUUUCCAAUUCUCAAACUUUUUCUUUUUCUUUCAUACGGUUUUCACAUUUUUAGUCAUGUUUCAGUCCUGACUCUCGAAAAGAAAGACCAUCUAGUUCUUCCCAAGAGAAGAGAUAUAUAUUAGUUCAUACAUAUAUUAAGUAAUAUAUAUUUAUAUAUAUUUGUUUUUGUGAGGUGAUUAUUAUUAUGGGGAGAGGAAGAGUUGAGUUGAAGAGGAUAGAGAACAAGAUAAACAGGCAAGUCACAUUUGCCAAGAGAAGAAAUGGGCUGUUGAAGAAAGCUUAUGAACUUUCUGUUCUCUGUGAUGCUGAAGUCGCCCUCAUCAUUUUCUCCAGCCGUGGCAAGCUCUAUGAGUUCUGCAGCUCCUCUAGCAUGCUCAAGACCCUUGAGAGGUACCAGAAAUGCACCUAUGGUGCGAUGGAAGUAAAUAAACCAGCCGAGGAACUCGAGAGUAGCUAUCGCGAGUACUUGAAACUCAAAACCAGAUUUGAGGCCCUCCAGCGAACUCAGAGGAAUCUACUGGGGGAAGACUUGGGGCCUCUUGGAACAAAGGAGUUGGAGCAGCUUGAGCGGCAGUUAGAGUCAUCCUUAAAGCUUGUUCGAUCCACUAAGACCCAGUAUAUGCUGGACCAAUUCAGUGAUCUCCAAAACAAGGAGCAGUUGCUAAUUGAAGCCAACCGAGCUUUGACUGUAAAGUUGGAAGAAAUCAAUGCAAAAACCCAGAUUCGCUCAUCAUGGGAAGACAGUGAGCACAACAUUUCAUAUGCUCCUCAGCAUCCUCAGACUCAAGACUUGUACCAGCCCAUAGAAUGCAAUCCCACUUUGCAAAUAGGGUAUACAUACAUACAUAUAUGUAUAUAUAUAUAUAGUUUGUCAUUUUUAUUUAUAUUAUAUGGUUUUUGGCAUUGCAGGUACACUCCUGUGGUUUCUGAUCAGAUAACUGCGACGUCUCAUGCUGCCCAGCAAGUGAAUGGGUUUAUCCCUGGAUGGAUGCUGUAAGUGGAUUUCAAUUCAUGCUCAGUUUGGCAAAUGCUUCUUGAUGUUUGGCAAUAUGUACAUGUUUUCAAGAGCAUUUUGUAAACCCUUCCUUAUUAACAUAAAAGCAGCAGUGACUGACUGAAUUUGCUGGCUUGGGAGGACUCAGGAGCCUUCAUCCCUUUAAUAUAAUCUUGUCAGCUAACGUGAGCACUUUUUAUCUUGCUAUUUGAUGUGUUUUUGAGCAUGACUA